CUUUCCUGCGACUUGCGUACAGAUUUCAUGGAAUGGGUUUCGCGCAAGCUUAUUUCACGUAUUGGAGAUGAUAAAUCUUCUCUUAGAUAUCCUUCAGGCUCCUGAUCCUUCUAUAUUGGAGACAUUCCUUGGGAGAAUACCGAUGGUGUUUAAUGUUAUCAUUUUGUCUCCACAUGGAUACUUUGGACAAGCAAAUGUUUUAGGCUUACCCGACACUGGCGGCCAGGCAUUCCUUGUCAACUUUUUUUCUUUUUAAAUGACUAGCAAACUUUACGAUACUCAUCAGUUAACCUUGUCUUGUUCCACUACCAAUUUUUACCUAUACUUUGGGUACAUUGUAAACUUCUAUAGUGAGCUUUCAUAUGUUUAGCCGUGAUUGUAACAUAACAAACGAGAAGUUUGCAUAACUUAUAUGCAGAUUGUCUAUAUACUGGACCAAGUGCAUGCCCUCGAAAAUGAAAUGCUCGAAAGAAUUCGCAGGCAAGGAUUAGAUUUCACUCCAAGAAUCCUUAUUGUGACCAGGCUAAUACCUGAUGCGAAAGGAACUACAUGCAACCAGAGGCUGGAAAAAAUAACUGGAACUGAGUACACGCAUAUUUUAAGAGUUCCUUUUAGAUCAGAAAAAGGGAUUCUUCGUAAGUGGAUAUCAAGGUUUGACGUAUGGCCUUAUUUGGAGACCUUUGUUCAGGAUGUUGCAGGUGAAAUUACAGCUGAGUUACAGGGAUAUCCAGACUUUAUUAUUGGGAAUUACAGUGAUGGGAAUCUUGUUGCAUCUAUGUUGGCUUAUAAAAUGGGAGUUACACAGUGUACUAUUGCGCAUGUGGAGAAAACAAACUAUCGGGAUUCCGAUAUAUAUUGAAAGAAAUUUGAGGAGAAAUACCAUUUCUCAACUCAGUUCACGGCUGAUCUUAUAGCCAUGAAUAAUGCAGAUUUCAUAGUCACCAGCACAUACCAAGAGAUUGCAGGAACAGAAAAUACGGUUGGUCAGUAUGAGAGCCACAGCUGUUUCACUCUUCUGAGGCAGUACCGAGUGGUUCAUGGAAUUAAUGUCUUUGAUCCAAAGUUCAAUAUCAUGUCUCCCGGAGCAGUUAUGACCAUUUAUUUCCCAUACUCUGAAAAGCAAAAGAGACUUACCAGCCUCCAUGGUUCCCUAGAAGAGUUGCUAUAUGAUCCUGACCAGAAUGAUGUGCAUAUUGGCACCCUAAGUGAUCGGUCAAAGCCCAUAAUAUUUUCAAUGGCAAGGCUCAACCAGGUGAAAAAUAUGACUGGGUUGGUUGAGUGCUAUAAGAAGUGUUCCAAACUGAGGGAUCUGGUAAACCUUGUCGUAAUCGCUGGUUACAUUGACGCAAAGAAAUCACGAGAUAGAGAAGAGAUUGCAGAGAUUGAGAAGAUGCAUAAUCUCAUGAAGGAGUACAAAUUAAAUGGUCAAUUUCGAUGGAUUUCAUCCCAAACUAAUCGAGUUAGUACCGGUGAGCUUUAUCAUUACAUAGCAGACAAAAGAGGUGCUUUUGCUCAGCCUGCAUUUUAUGAAGCUUUUGGACUCACAGUUGUGGAGGCCAUGACUUGCAGCCCUCCAACACUCGCCACUGUCCAUGGUGGCCCCCCGCAGAUUAUUGAGCAUGGUGUAUCAGGAUUUCAUAUCGAUCCUUAUCAUCCUGAGAAGGCUGAUGCACUUUUGGCAGAUUUCUUUCAACGUUGCAAGGAGGAUCCUAGCUACUGGAAUACAAUCUCAGAUGGAGGCCUCCAAAGAAUUUAUGAAAAGUGCACAUGGAAGAUUUAUUCUGGAAGGCUAAUGACAUUGGCUGGUGUUUAUGGUUUCUGGAAGUAUGUGUCAAAACUUGAAAGGCGUGAGACUCGACAAUAUCUGGAGAUGUUCCACAUUCUAAAGUUCCGUGAUUUGGCAAAAUCUGUUUCUCGAGCUGUUGACGAUGCACAUUAAGCUACAACCUGCUCAGCUGCGGAGGCUUUGAGUCCGUAACUCGGUGAUUCGCAAGGUAAUAUGGUUGUACAGAAGAACUAGAAGUUACCCUUUGUGCAUGUAUGAAUCUAGAAUUGUACAGAAGCUC